AUGUCCGACUCUGGCAAAGGAUACACCUACACUGGAUUUGGCACCAAUAGCCAGGGCAACCACUACUGCUCUCGCGACUACGGUUCCGGUGCCUCCAACUCCGACUCUUACCACUACUCCAACAGCGUGCCUAUGAACAGCAAUGGCUCGUACUACUACUCCAACCCCAACGACAGCACCUACUACAACAACGGAAGCUGUGGCCCGAACUACACUCCCAGUGGAAAGAAAUAA